ACCGCUCUCGACCCCUGCUCCGCUUCGCUCCCACCCCCCUCGCCUCCCCUACCCAAUCUGCCCGCUUCACGCUUCCUCAAAAAAAGGGCGCCAAACCAAGAACCCUUUUUCCUUUUCGUUCACUUCGACCGUAGUCACUUCCGCUUUCAUCGCCCUCGUCGUUCGAGCCUUACCCUCAGUCCGGCCGCCCGUUGUUCGCUCAUCCAUACUGAUAAUCUCAUUGCCAAAUCCAGGCAAAAGUCAACAAGAUAUAAUGGCGGAACACAACAACUCCCCUCCACAGGAUGAAACCGCCGCAGACGCCGCGUCCAGUCUGGUCGCCGGCAACGGCGUACCGAAUUCUCAGUCCGGAGUCUCAGGUUCGGCUGUCGACAACUCUCGCAAGCGUCCGCGCCCCAGCAAUGGCGACGACGACGAUGACGACGAAGACUCGAAGCCUGGUCGCGAAAGACGAAAGAUCGAGAUUAAGUUCAUCCAGGACAAGUCUCGCCGGCAUAUAACGUUCUCAAAGAGAAAGGCUGGAAUCAUGAAGAAGGCGUACGAGCUAUCAGUCCUCACAGGGACUCAAGUCCUCUUGCUGGUCGUCUCCGAGACCGGUCUUGUAUACACUUUCACCACGCCGAAACUGCAGCCGCUCGUCACGAAGGCCGAAGGAAAGAACUUGAUUCAGGCCUGUUUGAACGCGCCCGAACCACAUAGCACCGAUAAUGGCGUUCCGGAACAAGACACAGUCGAUUCUCCAGAGGAGCCUCCCCACGCACAGCUACCACAGCAGCCCCCUGGAGGUGCCAGGUCCGUCGGGAUCCCAGUAGGCCCGGGUGUGCCACAGCCAUACAUGAACAUACCGGAGGCUCAAGCUUCUGUUCAAGCCCAGCAGCAAGCACAAGCUCAUGCUCAGGCUCAGGCCUACCAGCAGUACAUUCAACAACAGCAGGCUCAGGCUCAGGCUCGGGCGGGUGGUUACAUGCCACAGCAUCCGGGUCACCCCACUCAGAACGCGUGACUGCCGGCCUCCGAGAUGAUCACACAGUAAAGCGUGAGCUGCGACUCAAAAAAAUUCCUUCCUGUCAUCGCAGUGAGUCUUUCUGUGGCUAAGGGCUCAAAAAUGGGGUUUCUGUUCCGGCGUUUUCGCGGAUAUGAAAUACCGACUGGUUUCCCUUUCCUUUUUUUUCCUUUUUCGCAAUGCAUGAUGCGGGGCUUCUGUCUGGGGAUGGUUUUGCAUCGCCCAACUUUAAUUGGAGCUAU